AUGAUCUCCGCGAAGUCUCUUGGCAAGACGAGAUCAGCGAAAGCCCUGCACUUCACUCGGGAGAAAGGGACCAUUGAAGCAGCAGAGGCAGUCUGCGCUUGGCUGGAAGAAAAUCAGAGCUUGCCAGAUCUCGAGCCUUGGACUGGAGAACUCGUGCUAGAAGUGGAGAUGUACUUGCUAGACAUUAGCGUGGACACAGAUGGAGCUUUGAUGGAGAUGCCAGAUGCCCAUGCCGAUGUGGACAUGACACCAAUCGAUGAUCGCAAGAUCGGCGAUCCCAAUCCACCCGAGAUCAAGGAGAAGAUCAACCAGGAUUUGCUCAAGCAGGUCAUGGAGAUGGGCUUUUCCGAAGUCCGCGCGGAGAAGGCCGGACGAUUCGCCCGAAAAAAGAAGGCGCGCCACACGCAUCGUCCCUGGUUUUUCUUUUGGUAUUGGGGGCUGCAGUUGCAUGAUUGA